AUGACUGCCUUUCUAAGAAAUGCUAUUUGCUCGACAUUAUUGUUUGGCUUGCUUGCCAGUCCAAUGACAAUGCCUACAGAUGCAGGUUAUCCUAUGAUUACAGCGCCAGUUCCUCAAAAUGAUCUCAAUCGAGCCUUAGAGCGCGACUUUAAAACAUGCAACAACGAUAUUUGCAAUUCGCCUGCUAUUUGUGUUGGUCCCAUCAGCAAUUACGCGGCGUGCUGCUAUCCGGGAGAAUCUUGCAGUGUGGCAACUACCUGCUAUCCAUACACAGAGAACCAGACCUAUCUAGAAUCAGUUGGUGCAUCUUAUUGUACUGCCUCCGCCUGGCCAUACUGUAAUACGUAUGUUUUUGAUGCCUAUAAUGAGCUUGAGGUAAUAUAUUGUAACGAUGUAACGACGCCUGGCGACAUCAUAGUCGUGACCGAUACAUACAAUUGGGGGGGUUCGUUUUCAAACCCCGGAUCGCCCACUAUCACGCAGUACGUGACUGUCGUAUCUUCUAUGAGCUCACUGGCCCCACAAACAAGUACAGCACCAUCUACCUCAACAAGCACAACAUCAUCAACAUCAACAUCAACCAGCGCCAUAUUGGCUAUUGUCACAUCAUCCUCCGCGGUAGCAACCACCCAUCACACCCUUCCCACAGGUAUCGUCAUCGGAGUAGCAGUAGGUGCGACACUACUCGUUGUAUCCCUAGUCACAAUCGGUUUCCUUCUCUGGCGACGGCGCUCAUCUUCUUCAACCACCAAUAUACCACAGUCAUCAUUAAACUCAAAUCCAGAAAUCCAAGUUGCAUCCUACGCCUCUCCAAACCUAGACUCAAACCCACACACAAGCUGGACUUCAGCUAGAGGCAGUGAGAAAUCUCCAUCAUAUGCCUUCGAAGCGAGACGUAUGGUUAACAAGCCAGAUUGCCAGGUCGAUGGAGUAGUUGAUGAGAUUAGUGAACGUCCGGCUUGUGCACCACUGGUGACCGAGAUGGUGGCGCCAGUAGAGCCAGUUGUUAUUAGCGAGCUUGGGGGUGAGAGUCGGAGGGAGACAGAGAUGGCAGGGGAAUAA